AAAAUGUCAUUUUGUACAAAUCUACAAAGUCAUUUGCAAAGAUCGAGAUCAGAAAGAUGUCUAUCGCUGCUUUGUUUAUGAUGCUGGUAAUCGCUCAGACUUCUCAAGGGUUUUCAUGGGUCAGGGGAAAUAGAGUUUGUCCCAGAGGAUGGAACUUGUAUGGUCGCCACUGUUAUUUAUUUUCUAAAGAGAAAGUAAAUCUAAAAGACGCAAUUAGCAAGUGUGCUGAUGCGGUAGGAAGUGGCCGUCUCGCUGAAGUUGGGGGCUACCGCGAAGAGAAAUGGCUGGAACUUCAGAUUAAAUUAAGAGGCAUGCAUGAUGGAGUCUGGAUGGGCGCUUCGGAUAUUUUGAAGGAGAACAAGUUUCUGAAACUCUCCAAUGCCAGAAAGAUUAAGUAUACCAACUGGAAUAAGGGUGAACCAAACAAUGCUUCCAAGAAAGAGCACUGUGUUGAAUGGGUGGGUAAUGGCAAAUGGAAUGACAACAGCUGUGGGAAGAAGAAUUUCUUCGUUUGUGAACAUGUUUGAUGUGGACGUGUUAACUGAAAACCUUGUCUGUAGAAGACAAUAAAUCUUUGAAGGAUACAA